UCUCGCGGGACCGCGGCUGGCAGACGGGCUCUUGGGCGGCUCUGGCCGGGAAGAGGAGUCGCAUGUGUCGUUUCAGCUGGCGGUAGUGGUGGGCGCGGAGGCGGCGGAGGCUGUGCGACCGCCUGGGUUUUGAAAUGGCUGCUGACAUUUCCGAAUCCGGUGGGCAUGAUUGCAAAGGAGACCCGAGGAGCAAUACCAAGUUAGAUGCAGAUUACCCACUUCGAGUCCUUUACUGCGGAGUCUGUUCAUUACCAACAGAGUACUGUGAAUAUAUGCCUGAUGUUGCUAAAUGUAGACAAUGGUUAGAGAAGAAUUUUCCAAAUGAGUUUGCAAAACUUACUGUAGAAAAUUCACCCAAACAAGAAGCUGGAAUUAGUGAGGGUCAGGGAACAGCAGGGGAAGAGGAAGAGAAGAAGAAACAAAAGAGAGAACAAAACGCCAGGAGGGGGUCGGGGGCCGCUCCCGACGAGGCCGAGUGGGAACCGGCCUCCAGCGGGGUCUUGCGGCCGCCGAGGUGUCGCGAGAGCCGGGUCUGCCGCUCGGCUACGCCGUAG